AGCUACGGUACUACCGCCGGCGGCAGCGAAGACUGCGAGGAGUGGCCGGCCGACCCGCCUGGGUAAGUCUUAACGGAACCCCCGGAGGAAAGGCGGCGGAGCUCUUUCUUUCUCUUUCCCCCCUAUAACGCGCUCCUCCGGGGUUCCGUCCUCCUUCACACGCUUCCCGGCGAAUACGAAGAAGCCGCUCCGCCUGAAAGGCUGCGUCUCCCACAGCGGCGGAAUUGGUUCACUAUGCUUCUCAGUACUGAACAGAUAAACCUAAUUGGACAAGUGUUUGAGUCGUAUGUUCUGGAGCACCACAAAAACGAUCUCUUGCUGAUUUUAAGAGAAAAAGAUGAUGAUACGCAUUACCCAGUUAUUGUUGAUGCUAUGACGCUCUUUGAGACCAACAUGGAAGUUGGUGAAUAUUUUAAUGCUUUUCCCAAUGAAGUGCUUCCCAUUUUUGACAAUGCGUUGCGCAGGGCAGCCGUGAGCCUUUCUCAGUCUGUUCCUCAGACGGAUGACUUUGUUGUUAAACAAAACCUUCAUGCCAGGAUAUCGGGUUUGCCUGUUUGCCCAGAGCUAACCAGAGAACACAUCCCAAAGACCAAAGAUGUGGGACACUUCCUCUCAGUCACUGGCACUGUUAUUCGUACCAGCCUUGUGAAAGUCCUGGAGUUUGAACGGGAUUACAUGUGCAACAAGUGCAAGCAUGUGUUUGUGGUCAAGGCUGACUUUGAACAAUACUAUGCUUUCUGCCGUCCGCCAGCCUGUCCUAACGAAGAAGGCUGCAACUCAUCUAAGUUUACUUGCCUCUCUGGAACAUCCUGUGGACCCAACAGUUGCAGAGACUAUCAAGAAAUCAAGAUUCAGGAGCAGGUUCAAAGGCUCUCUGUUGGAAGUAUUCCCCGUUCUAUGAUAGUUGUCCUUGAAGAUGACUUAGUUGACAGCUGCAAAUCUGGUGAUGACAUAACAGUUUAUGGAGUAGUAAUGCAGAGGUGGAAACCUUUUCACCAGGAUGCGCGUUGUGAUGUAGAGAUUGUCUUAAAGGCCAAUUACAUCCAAGUAAACAACGAGCAGAUGUUAGGUGUUAUAAUUGAUGAGGAGGUCCGCAAGGAAUUUGAAGAUUUUUGGAGAAAACAUAGGAGCGAUCCCUUAGCAGGGAGAAAUGACAUUUUAGCAAGCUUGUGCCCUCAGAUUUUUGGGUUGUAUCUUGUGAAGUUGGCAGUAGCCAUGGUGCUUGCAGGGGGUGUACAGAGAACAGAUGCUGCAGGCACUCGGGUUAGAGGUGAAUCACAUCUUUUACUGGUUGGUGAUCCUGGAACAGGGAAAUCUCAGUUUCUGAAAUACGCAGUAAAGAUUACUCCACGUUCUGUACUUACAGCAGGAAUUGGAUCCACAAGUGCAGGUUUAACAGUGACUGCUGUGAAAGACUCUGGAGAGUGGAACUUGGAGGCUGGAGCCCUCGUGCUGGCUGAUGGGGGACUUUGCUGUAUUGAUGAGUUUAACAGCAUCAAGGAACACGACAGAACCAGCAUUCACGAGGCAAUGGAACAACAGACCAUCAGUGUGGCCAAGGCUGGUUUAGUGUGCAAGCUGAACACAAGGACCACUAUCUUGGCAGCAACCAAUCCAAAGGGGCAGUAUGACCCUAACGAAUCUGUCUCUGUGAACAUCGCCCUUGGGAGCCCUCUCCUUAGCAGGUUCGACCUUGUCCUGGUAUUGCUGGAUACAAGAAAUGAAGAAUGGGAUCGCAUAAUUUCCUCAUUCAUACUGGAAAACAAAGCUUGCCCAAGUGUGUCUGAAAAGCUGUGGACUAUGGAGAAAAUGAAAACAUAUUUCUGCCUUAUAAAGAACCUGCAGCCGGUAUUGACUGAUGAAAGCAACUUGAUUCUUGUCCGCUAUUAUCAGAUGCAGAGGCAGAGCGAUUGCAGGAACGCUGCGCGAACCACCAUCCGCUUAUUAGAGAGUUUGAUACGAUUAGCUGAAGCACAUGCUCGGUUGAUGUUUAGAGAUACUGUGACUGUGGAAGAUGCAGUAACCGUGGUUUCAGUGAUGGAGUCUUCAAUGCAGGGAGGUGCACUCCUUGGAGGUGCCAAUGCCCUGCACACAUCAUUUCCCGAAAAUCCCUUGGAGCAGUAUCGAAUGCAGUGUAAACUGAUCCUCGAGAAGCUGGAACUCCAGGACAUUCUGCGUGAAGAAUUCCAAAGACUUGACAGAUUGCAGAAUGAAAAUUCAUCUCAGUCUCUGCAGUCCAAAGAGGCAUCCUCAAACAAUCGCACACUUGAGAAAUCGGAACAGAUGUCUCAUCCGCAACAUUCAGACCAAGAGGGCAAUAAUAUACAAUUGCAACCUGAUAAGCAUCCAAUAUUUCCAAGCAGCCAGACAUCUGAUGAUAACAGAGUAACAAAAGAAUGGGACAAACCCAGUGAAGGCAGCAAGGACAGUAGCUUGAGCUGGUUUGACAGUAUGACGGACAGCAACACUGAAGCUGAAUGGAGCAUUUAUGAGUCUCCAGUUGCAAGAAUGUCUCCAACUGCAAGAACGUCUUUGAAAGACCCACACUACAAACCCUGCUCUAAAGAAAGAAAUGACUUAAGUGAAGCCAAGCAAACCACAAGCUUCCCUCCAGGAGCAAGUGCCAAAGGCCCAAAUGCAGCGGAUUGUACCUCACCUGAUUUAGUGAUUACUCAAAGGGCCUCUAAGAAAUGGCGCAGGGCAAAUGUUGAAGGAGUUAAUGUGUUUUGUGCAAGUACCCCAGAUCCUAAGGUUGAUUGCUCUCCAACUUUAUUUUCUCCUGGUCCAGCCGUUGUUCCACAACACCCCAGAACAGACUCGGGUGCUUCCUCACCUCACAGUGCGUCUUUAAGGCAACAGAAGUCUGCUACUUCAACCAGAAAGCGAAACAGAGGCCAAACAAAUAAAGGUGCAGCAGGAAGUUCUAAACUUGAAAUCCUGGAAGAUUUGGGACCUGCGGCUGCUAAACUAGCUAAGUUUCAGUGUAAGCAGAAGCCAAAGCUUCCUUGGCCUUCCGAAAAUGAAAAUCAUGCCCAGUUGCCUGAUACUGUCUGCAGCCCUCACACUUCUACCAAAACUGUGUCAAAAGUGGGGAAGCCAAGGGGAGAAGACUGUCCUGAGGAACACCGCAAGGAACAGAAUACUAAGGUGGGAAAUAAUAGAAUGGAGAAACUCCCUUGUGAUAACCAAAGAGAGGAGGAGGAGGAGGAGCAAAACGAUCAUUCACUCCCUUCCUCCACAAAAAAGGCAAGAAUGAGAGAGGAAGUAGCAGAUGGUGCGAACACAAAAAAAGUGUGCUCCAGUAUACUGGCAAAAUUAGCCAGCUUUGCCUUCAAGCCAUCAGCUGAAUCAAAGCCAAAGUCUCCAGGUUUGUUGCAUGUCACCAAUAACGACAGGGACAGACAGAGGGAGCCAUUGGAGGCCCAAACCUCCAAUAGCAUGGGGCACUCACGGAAGUGCUUUGAACUGGGAAGAGCCAGCACUGGCACAGGAAAAACUUUGUUCUCAAUAGCCGAUUUUGAUGAUUCCACCCUAGACUUCGACUGGGAUGAAGAAAGCAAGAGGGAACUCAAAUCUUAAAACAGAACUUCUGCUUCCUCCUCAAAAUGGCACUGCAAAAUGCUGGAAAUGAAAUCUGCCUUAAUCUUGCCUAAAUGAAUCCACCAAAUGGUCUCUUUACAAAGGUUGGGUUCCUGAGCUUACUCCUGCUGUUGGAAGCAUCCUCUGAGCAAAGUUCCACUCAUGUGAUACUUCUGUCAGCAGAACAGGGGAAGUGGCAUUCAGUAAUUUUCUCCUUCCUCUUGUAGUCCCGUUCCCCCCCCUCUUUGUCCUGAAAACCUUGUUUGGACGGUUCUCCAAAGCAGCAUGAGACAUGGGAAUGAAGAACUGGAGAAAAUGCCUUGCCCCUUUCUGCCAGCAGAAUCAUGCACUAGAUCCGGGUCCCAUCAGUGAAUGGAUCCUCUCCAUUCACAAAAACCUAGUUAGGAUUCAAAGAACAAAGAACAUUUCUAAAUCCUGGCGUCCUUAAAUGUGGUACUUUUAGGACACCCAGACUGCUGUCCUCAAACAAGUUAGUAGACUGCUAUGGAGUUAGUAGACUACUGUACUGCGUCAAAGUUAGUAGACUACUAUGGAGGAUUGCCUUGAGGCAAGUAUCAGGUCAGGUGCCAUUGCAACUAAUUCCUCUUUUCCUCCCAAGAUGUCUGAUUCCACUGACUGUUUUGUUGGCAUAUUUUAGAUAUCACUUGGUUAAACCGAGGGAGGAAUAACCCCUGACAUAUGAAUAUAUGCCUAUAUAUGAAUACACAACACUUUCCUUAUGGCUUACUUGGGCACAGUCCACUUCAAGAAAGUCCUUCCUUCCUUCCUUCCUUCCUUCCUUCCUUCCUUCCUUCCUUCCUUCCCGUGAUGCGUCUGUUAGGAUCCCAUCCAUGUCCUAUUGAAAUUGUUCUUUUGCAGCCAUAAUUGGUAGUUUAUGUACUGCUAGCCAACUGGUCCAUAUUUGAAGGAAUUGAAGUAUUGCUUAACAGUACCAUGGAUCUAUAGCUAAAUGCCAAUUGCAUAAAUCAUGUUACUUCUCAGAUGUGAUUUGCUUCUCAUUUAUCGUGCAUGUGCUUCAACCAGUAGCACAAGGUGCGGAGAAAGUGUGUCCUCAUUUAGGCUGGAAUCCUACCAGUGGAGUUUCUUCCUGUCUUUAAAAUACGGUGGUGAUUUAAUGUGACUGGCAUAGCUAUGUUGUACUGCUUCCACCCGCUAGAUGGGAGUUGUAGUUCAAAGCAUCUGCAGAGCACCAGGUUGGGAAGGCUGCUUUAAGGGGAUAAAUUUGUUUCCUAAGGUACCCUAUGCAUUGGAUAUUGAUUGGCUGGUUGGUUGGUUGAAAACCCAGCUUCUGUGUUCCAUUUUACAAGCUUGGGAUAGAUUAUUUUUUGAACUUUAGGGGCUGAUCCACAUUCAGGGCUGGUGUUUUUUAAGACUGGUAUUGCUCCUUGCCUCCUUUUGAUUCACUCUGUGCUUGCUGCUGCCUUGAAUGGAUGGAUACACACCGAAUGGCUCGCCCUGCCAGGGUAUGGCAUGGGAAAGAGAAUUAGGCAUAUGGAAAGAAACAGUCCAUGUAAUCAGUGAUGAGGGGGGAUAUAUUUUGGUAACCUACUUAGAAGUUGCUGUUGCUUUUACAAUCAAGCAGUCUAUAAACCCUGAGUACAUCAUUUUUAAAAAAGACAUCUCAAAUGCCACAUAGAUCCUCCCACUUUUUAUUGUGCUUCCCAGUGGCAGGUAGUAUGGACUCGAAUUAUGAAUGUGCUCCAUGGCGAGCAGCAAUUGCAUUUUCAAAAAUCCCCAAGGCAACCCUGCCUUGCAAAUGCAGGGGCUGCAAUGUGGAUCUGGCCUAGGAGAUAAUUUGGUACUUUACCUCCUUUAGGGUAACAGAAACCAGGUGUGAUGAGGUUCACAGCCCACACUUGGUUGAUGUCCUGAAUUUGGAGGUUACUGAACUUCACAGCGUGUCUUCAAGUCGCUGUAUGUGUUGGUAUUGAUUUCUGACAAUCUGUGCCCUGGUUUUGGUGCCCAGUGACGGCAGCACCAGCAGUUCUCCAGUCUCUGCAGGGCACUGACAUAAGCAGAACAUUUCUCCCGUCUCUGCACAAUGAAUGCACUAGACUAGAGCACAUUCCACACAAGAGGGUCUUUGUAUUCCUCCUGUAUCCAAAGCUAUGUAGAGUUCAUGCUGAGAACCAGGGACAAUGUGCUUGUAACAGAAGUGCAUUAAUGGAAAAGACUGGUGUGACCUUUAGUAAAAGACAAUCUCGUUCUAGAUCAUUUCAGUAUUUCUCUUAGUUGUACUUGCCAUAAAAGACAAAAUCACGACUCCAGAAUGGAACUGAAAGUUAUGCUCUUAACAGCUUUCCUUAUAUCAGAGGGCUUUUGCUGUUAGAAAUACAGAUGUUAUUUUGCUAUGCUGUUUCAAACAAAGGAGAUUUCACAGCUUUCUUAAGCAUCAUGUGUCCUUUAAUCCAGUUGCUUGGAUGUGUGUGUGUGUGGAACAGCUCAAGAGUGAAGUCACAGUCAAGGCAGUCAAGAGACUUAAUGAAUAACAGUUUUUGCCUGUGCUUUCUUUUUAUCCCCUAGACUUUGGUCUUUUUCCCCUUGUGGUUUUGUACCAUUCUGGCUGAAAUCCUAUACAGUACAUGUUUACCUAUGAGUAAGUCUCAUUGAAUUAAAGGGGGGCUGCUUCUGAACAGAGAGAUGUAAGACUGUACUGCACUUAUCAAAGACUGUUCUCGUUGAUUGAGAAAUAAAUUCAUAUAUUACACUAGUCUGAUCCUUGAAGCACUGCAUCAGCAGAAGCUCCAUUAAUGUGCAUGGGUUGUCUGUGAGUAGAGAAUGCAGUAGGUCACACUGAAAAGCAAAGCUGGAAUUCUUACUGAAUAAAUAAAGCAUCAGUCGGGUCUCCCAAGUGAUGGCAAGUAGUAUUGCAUUCCAUAGGAGAUGCAUUUAUUGACGGAAAACUUGGUAUUAAAUGCUCAGUAUUUGUUGCAAUUGAACCACAAAUUUCAUUAAUAAUAAAUGAUAUGCUCUUUAUCCACUAGAAACUGAUAUUUCCUGUUUUAUCCAUUUUGAGAACAGAUUGCUUUCUGUUAUUCUUGAGAAUGCGGGGGGGGGAAUCUCAUUGGAAUCAUAAUUAUUCUUCCUUGACCGAACCUUGUCAUUUGCAUUUAUUUUAUCAAUGAAAGCCUCGCCCUACAGCAGUUUCCCCACUGACCUUUCUUGUGCACCCCCCUCUGUACACUGGUUUUGCAUUUGUACCUGUGAGUGCUUAUCACUUCAAUGAAUGAAUAAUUUUAAAACAAAUGAAUCGGAUGCAGUGAACUAGGCCAGAGUU